AUGAGAAAUUUUGCGGAAGAGUAUAAGGAUAUACAAAUUGUGCAACGACUUGUUGCACAAUUACCGUGGGGACAUAAUGUUGUAUUGAUUGAUAAGGUUCCAGAUAAAACUAAGCGUGAAUUUUAUAUAAAGAGCAGCAUAAAACAUGGCUGGUCAAGAAAUGUAAUGUUGAUGCAUAUAGAAAGUAGCCUAUAUGAAAGAAAAGGACGAGGAGUUACAAAUUUUGAUAAAAAUUUACCUAGUUUAGAAUCAGAUCUUGCAAAAGGAUUAAUGAAAGAUCCUUACUGUUUUGAUUUUUUAAGUGCAACAGAUGAUGCGCAUGAAAGAGAAAUAGAAAAAGGGUUAAUUGUACAUAUUCAAAAGUUUCUUUUAGAAUUGGGAGAAGGCUUUGCAUUUGUAGGGAAUCAAUACCAUUUAGAGGUGGGUAAUAAGGAUUUUUACGUAGAUAUGCUAUUUUACAACUUAAAAUUACGCUGUUACUUUGUAAUAGAGUUAAAAACUACAGAGUUUAAGCCGGAAUAUUCUGGCAAGCUUAAUUUUUAUCUUUCAGUUAUAGACGAUAAAUUAAAACAUAAAGAUGAUAAACCUUCUAUUGGUUUAAUACUAUGUAAAUCUAAAAACAAGGUAAUAGCAGAAUACGCAUUGGAAGGCAUAGAGAAACCUAUAGGGGUAUCAAAUUAUAAAUUUACUAAACAAUUAACAGAUCAACUAAAAGAAACACUACCAACUGUUGAAAAGCUAGAAGAAGAAUUAUCUAAAGAUAUAGAAAAAAUAGAUGAGGGAGAGGAAGAUGAAUAG